CAUCCCAGGUGUAUAAAAGGCCCUUGGCAGAUGGUGACACCCAGACUCAAGGAACCUACUGCUUGUCUUCCUCUGAACACUCUACUCCUGACAACAUGUGUUACUAUGGUGGAUACUAUGGAGGCCUGGGCUGUGGCUAUGGUGGCCUAGGCUAUGGCUAUGGCUGUGGCUGUGGCUAUGGCUAUGGUGGCUACGGUGGCUAUGGUGGCUAUGGCUAUGGCUGCUGCCGCCCUCUGUGCUGUAGAAGAUACUGGUCCUAUGGCUUCUACUGAGGAGAUUCAGCAACUCUUCAAUCCAACUUUCUCCACUUCAGAUGUUCUUAAAUAUCUCCAUAUAUUCCAGCCUUCAUUUGAAGUCUCUAAGGAAUUAUAAAUGAAAUGCAACAAACCCAGCCUAUUCCUCUUCUUUAAUUUGAUCACAUAAGUAUUUGCAGCAAAGCUCUUCAUUGUCAUCACAAUACCCUGGAAAAUGUUAUCUGUUUUCAUCAUCUGCCAUUCUGUGAAUAUAUAUGUAUAAUUUAAAAUAAAGUAAUU